AUAUCGAAGAUAAUAUCUGGAAUGAAAACAGUUUUAUCGGCACGGUGGAAAGACAAAAAUCAUCAUUUUGUUGUUAAUGAGAAAGACGGAAAAGUUUUUAUUGAAAAAGAAAAAUUUCCGAACGUUUUGGACAUGAUAGAAUACUAUGUGCGAGAACAAAAACCAGUCACCGAAUCCACAGGAGCCGUACUUAUAACACCGAUACCAAAACAAGAUUGGGAGUUCAAGCAUGAAUGGAUCGAACUGGGUCAGAAACUUGGAGAAGGAGCAUUUGGAGGCGUAUAUGCAGGGAUCCUUACUCUAGACAAUAAAAAAUAUGAGGUAGCCGUCAAGGUAAACAAGGCCAGCGAAGUGACGAAAAAAAUUAUUUCCGAAAUCUGUAAAGAGGCGCGGAUCAUGCGACGGUACCGUCACCCUAAUGUUGUGAAGUUUUUUGGAGUUGCCAUCGAACAUGUGAGUUUUCGCUGA